GUAAGCGACUAAGACAAGGGUAGAUAACUGCAAAAUUUGCAGACGGACUUUGAACCUGAACUUUGCAAAAAAGACACAUAUAUUAUAAGGUCAUAAUGCAAGCUCGACAUUAAAGAAAUGGCAUCCAGACAGUUACCUUCUUCAAUGAGAAAACUCGUUGUGACAAAAAUAAGUCAGAAAUUCCGUGAUGUAGUUAAAAUUACGCAAGAAAGUUUGCCAAAUCCUGGAGCUGGUGAAGUUCUUGUGAAAAACAGAUAUGUUGGUAUAAAUGCAUCAGAUAUAAAUUACACUGCAGGCAGAUAUGAUACAACUGUGAAACCUCCUUUUGAUUGUGGAUUUGAGGCUGUAGGUGAGGUGGCAGCUGUUGGACCUGGAGGUUCUCUCAGAGUUGGCCAGCCAGUUACUUAUUCACAAUUUGGUGCUUUUAGUGAAUACAAAAAUAUCCCAGAGAAAAGUUUGCUCAAAUUACCAAGAGUGUCAGCUGAUUAUCUCCCUUUACAAGUUAGUGGAGCAACAGCUGCCAUUGCUUUAGAUAAGUAUGGAGACUUAAAAGCUGGAGAAACAGUUCUUGUUACAGCUGCUGCUGGAGGCACUGGCCAGUUUGCUGUACAAUGGGCAAAGAGAGCUGGAUGUCAUGUCAUAGGAACAUGUUCUACAGACGAUAAAGUGCAAUUUUUAAAGAAAAUUGGUUGUGAUAGACCUGUGAAUUAUAAAAAGGAAAAUCUAAAACAAGUGCUGAAAACAGAAUAUAAGAAUGGAGUAGAUGUUGUGUAUGAGUCAAUAGGAGGAGAAAUGUUUGAAACUUGUUUAAAUGGAUUAAAGACCAAAGGUCGAUUGAUAGUAAUAGGAUAUAUAACAGAUUAUGAGUCUGACCUUGGAUUUAAACCUACCCGAACCUUAGCAACAAUACCAGUCAGGUUACUGACCAAGUCAGCAAGUAUUAGAGGAUUCUUCUUAAACCACUUUAUCAGGGACUGGAUACCAUAUGUUUCCAAAAUGGCUGACAUGAUAGACAAAAAAGAAAUACAAAGUUUUAUUGAUAUGGGGGAAAACUCUCCAAAGGGACCUUUUAUUGGCAUUGAUAAAAUAGUUGAUGCUGUUGAGUAUUUAUAUUCUCAAAAGAGCAUAGGAAAAAUAGUGGUAGAAUUAAAUAAACCUGAGACCAGUAAAUUAUGACAAAUGGACAAGUGAAGAUAUAAGUGGCAACAAACACAAAUCCUUGGGAAUACACAUAUAUUAUAUAAUCAGAAAACUUAGAGAAAAUAUAGACGUGUUUAAUGUAAGGAAAUAUCCAGGAAAGUCAGAACUAAUUGAGUGAGGUGAUUCUCAUUCAAUUUAAUGUGAUGACUCAUAGAUAUAUAUCCUAAUGGUAAUAGGUUAUUUAUAUUUGAUCAGAAAUCGAGUCUUUAUGACCACAUUACUUUUCAUUCACAGUGAAAGGUAAUGUUGUUAGACUUUUGUAUAUCUAAUUAUUAAUUAAUUUAUAUAAAAAAUGAAUUAAAAUCGUUUAGUUUGAAUCAAUAUCAAUAGUGAAUGUAUACCACUAUUUAAGGCCUUUAUCAUACCUGUCGACUGACCCGUUUCCUGCGGGUGUGACCUGAGAUUUCCACCCCUCUGAGGGGUCACCUGGGUUUUUUAUUUAAAAUACCCGCCAGGUCGUUUAAAUAACCCGGGAGUUCCGAACAUGACCUGUUUUCACCUGGAUUCUUAAGCUUUCAGACUGAUUUCAUAUGUGAUUUUCCUUUGAAAUACCGGCAAAUUCGUAAUUCUUCCUGGACAAGAAGUUCAACUAACUGUGUAACCUCAAAUUAAGUGACCCAUUUCAGUGCAUGGCCUCACAUGACAGCUUUGGUGUCAAACACACUCUUAAUUAACACCAAAUACCUUAGCUUUAGGUCAUAAAUAAUUUGUGUAUUUCAAAGUUGUUUCACAAAAAAUGUGAGUUACUUCCCCUUUUUUGUCUUUUUUCAAAAUAUACUCGUUAAAUUUAUGUUUAUUUUUGUGAAAAGAUUAAAUCUAAAACAAAUUGAAUGCAAAAAAAUAUUAGAAUAUUACUUUUUAUUAUUUUUCUACCUUAGAACAAUUAGAAAAUUAAUAGUUGAAAAUUAUUUUUUCAUAUCUACCUUAUUUAAAUGUUUAACUUUUUUUUAUUAUACUUUAUACACCCCCUAAUUGAGUAUUUGGAAUAAUGUAUAAAGCUGUACAGAUAGAUGCACACUGAACGUUUUGUGACUGGUGAAUUGAAUAUAAUAAUGAAAAGGGGUUAUGGCUUGGCUUGAAUUGUUAAAGUAUUAAACAUUAAUCUAUCAAAAUCGUAAGUGCAUAGCAACAAUGAUAGGUUUAAAAUAUUUUCAGUGAAUACUUAACCAUUGAAACAUGUUUUGGAAACUGUUUGUUUUAAAAUAUAAAAACAAAUAUAAAAAAAAUGUCCCCUAAAUACUUAAAUUCAGCUGGAAAAAAGUUCAUACGCGUUAUGACCUGAGAUUUUUUUCUUCAAUGCGGGUCAUGACCUGCAUUUUCAUUUUCAUAGGUUGACAGGUAUGCCUUUAUAUGUUGAUACAUGUUUUCCUUUAUUUUAUGGAAAAAUCAAUUUGUUUAUUGAUAAUAAGAUUUUAUAGCUUUA